CCGAUGGAGCGGGGCGAGCGGCGGCCGGCAGAAGCGGGCGACGGGAGGGGCGGGGCAGCGAGCGAGACACCGACGGGGAGAGCUCGAGGUCAACCCGAAGACCAGCCUCCAGCCACGCACGCGCCGCGCAACGGGGUCCGACGCCAGUAGCGCCGCCGCCGCCGACACGAUGGGAGUGCUCCGGGCAGCGGUGCCCCUACAGCCGGAGGCCGACCUCGUCCUGGGUACCGGCGGCGGCGAACGGGGGCAGGUGGGGCUCGUCCUCGUCGAUAGCUCCAACGGGUUCUGCACCUCGGCACCGGGAACCUCCAAUCGGGCUGCUGCAUUUCUCCAUCUAGUUAAGCUUAAUAAGGCACUCGCUGAUGCUGAUACGACAAUAAAACUCAAGCCACAAUGGGAAAAGGGUCAUUUCAGGAAAGGGUGUGUUUUAGAGUCGAUGGAACACUAUGAGGAGGCAAUAUCUUCUUUUCAGAUAGCUUUGCAACACAAUCCACAAAAUACAGAAGUUUCAAGAAAAAUUAAGAGGCUUACUCAGUUGGCAAGGGAAAAGAAGCGGGCUCUUGAUGUGGAGAACAUGCGUUCUAAUGUUGAUGUUGCAAAGAACUUGGAUUCACUGAAAACCGAGCUGGCUGGAAAAUAUGGAGAUGCCGAACUGGGGCAAAGUAUCUUCACUUUUGUUGUUAAUGUGAUUGAAUCAGCUAUAAAGGUCUGGCAUGACACCGGAAAAGUAGAUGCAAGAGUUAAUUUUCUUCUUGAUGACCAGAAGACUGAUACUGAAAAACAUGCCCCAGUGGUUAACAUUGACAAGGCCUUUGACUCACCCCACACUCACAGCAGUUGCUUCACAUUUUUGCGGCAAUAUUCCGAGGAGUCUUUCUCAAAGGCUGCUUGUAUGGUAGCACCUAAGAGCGCCAUCUCGUACCCUCAGGUCUGGAAAGGACAGGGAUCAAGAAAAUGGAAGCUUGACCAGAGUGAUGGUUUCUUUGUGCAAUUUGAGUCACCAAUUCUGCGGAAGAUAUGGUUUGUCCCUAGCACAACUGAAAAGGGACGAGUAUUAUGCAGGAGUCCUGAGCUCCUGGACAUUAGCAUCCACGAAGUGCUUCCCCGUAUAUUCAAAGAAACGGCUUGAAUAAACAACAAAUGGACAGUGAAUGGCUCCCAAAUUCUUCCCCUGUUGUGGUCAUAUUCUUUCCUAGCUUACAGUUGCAAAGGGGAUAUUUUUCAUAGCGUGGUGAGAGCUUAGAUUUGCAUGCCAGAUUUUGUAAGCUGUUGAUCUGUAUUGUACACCGAGGCACACAAAUUUUGCUGAUCUGGUUUUUUAAUUAUAUAUGCCUUAAGUGGUGCAAUUUCCAUUGUAUACAAGCUUUUGUCUGGGUUUGUGAAAUGCAGAUUUUGAUUCCUCAAAA